AUGGAACCAUUUUUGAAAGAGCCGAAACAUGGUACUAUCCAGUCUUUUUUCAGGUCGCAUACUAAGAAGAACCGAAAAUCCAAUAACUCUUUAACUUCAAUUGAAAUAACUGUUUCUCAAUCAGAUGGAAUUGUUCAAAUUGAUUCAACAUCUUGUACAAAUCAACAAGAACAACUUCCUUUAUAUUCAUCCACACCUCGAUUAUUAUCACCAUCGUCAAGUACACAACAAGAACAGAUUUCUUCAUCUUCAUUAGAAUCGCCUCAACUGUUAUCGCCAUCAAGUAAACGACGCCAAGAACAAAUAUCUUCAUCUUCACCAAAAUCUCCUCGGUUAUUAUCACCAUCGUCGAAAUGGUGUUCAUCGUCAAGUAAACAACAAGAACAGAUUUCUUCAUCUUCAUUAGAAUCGCCUCAACUGUUAUCGCCAUCAAGUAAACGACGCCAAGAACAAAUAUCUUCAUCUUUACCAAAAUCUCCUGAAUUAUUACUAUCAUCAUCUAGCGAACAUCAACAAGAAAAAGUUGUUUCAUCUUUAUUGGAAUCUCCUUUAUCAUUAUUUUCAUCAUCAAAUAAACCAAUACCGAAUACUGUUGAUAUUAGUUGUUCAUGUAAUGAACCUCCGUCACAGCCGAAACUUGCGAUUUAUCCAUUAAGCAAACAUAACAGAUCUUUUCGCAGUCAAUGGUUCUCUCAGUUUCGUUGGUUGGAGUACUCAAUUCAAGCAGACGCAGCCUACUGCUACUAUUGUAGACACUUCAAUACUAGAACAAAUUUUAAUAACCGAAAUCAAAGUGACGCAUUUGUACGUGGUUUUAACAGCUGGAAGCAUGCAUGUAGUACCAAUCAAGGAUUUUUAAAACAUCAAUAUUCUAAAAGUCAUAUACAAGCACAUGUUAAUUUCGAAGAAUAUAUUUCACGUAAAAACUCUGCUUCAUCGAUUUUACAAGUGAUAGAUAGAUCAAGAACUGAAAUCAUAAAACAAAAUCGUCAAAAAUUAGCUAAAAUUGUUUCAGCGUUACAUUUAUGCUGCAGGCAGAUGAUUGCAAUUCGUGGUCACUUAGAAAGUGAAUCGUCAGCUAAUCGAGGAAAUUUUAUCGAACUGUUAAACUGGACCAGUGGUACUGAUCCUAUUGCUUCAUCUAUUUUAAAUGAUAGUGCUAAAAAUUCAACUUAUCUUAGCCCAUAUAUUCAAAACGAGUUAAUUUCGUUAUUAGCUUUACAUAUUCGGCAACAAAUUUCAGAGAAGGAAAGAAGCCUUAACUACGCUAGAAGUUAA